AUGCCAACUCCGAGGAAUGAUAUUCAAGGAAUUAGUUUUAUUUCGUUAAUUACGAAUAAACAUGAAGUUUUCGAAGAAAGUGCCAACUUCUAUAAUAAGUUGGGAUUUAGAUUAACUAAGAAUUUUUCUAAAAUUGCUAACAAUUCGGAAAGUAAGCCUAAAUUGCAGAUAGGGAUUUCGAAUGAUUCCUUAAAGGAGCUUUGGUUAGAGUCUUUUCCAUUGCAAAACACAGAUGAAAAUGGCUGUGUUAGACCUUGGCAGGAGCUACCAGUGUAUAAUGGAGAUGGAUGCGAACAAUUAAGUCUGGCCACAACUGUCAAGAUUAGAUUAUCUUCUUUAGAUGACUUGAGCAAUAUGGCAAAAGAAUUGAACUUUUUUACAUCGGAUUUGCCAAGAGUCAAGGAUAUUUUGACUAAGGAUUUAAAAACUGAAAUAGUAAGUUCGACCGAUACGGUAAUCAGAGUAGUUGAUCCUAUGGGUAAUACUUUGAACUUCUCGAACGUCGAAAAUCCCUUAUCCAAAAGGUCGUUUGAUUCUCCAGAUGAUUACUUGAAGUAUAAAACCGAAAAAAUUCUCGCGUCAUUAGAUCGUUUGGGAACAAAAGAUACUGAGGAUGAACCAACUGAGACAAUUAAAAAGAAAAAAAUUGCUGUUAUGACUUCUGGUGGUGAUGCGCCAGGUAUGAAUUCAGCAGUUCGUGCUGUUGUAAGAGCAGGUAUUUAUUAUGGCUGUGACGUAUUUGCUGUUUACGAAGGUUACGAGGGGUUAGUCCAAGGUGGUGACUUGUUGCGUCAAAUGGAAUGGGCGGAUGUUAGAUCGUACUUGUCAUUAGGUGGUACAGCUAUUGGUACUGCAAGAUGUGCUAAAUUCCGUGAACGUUCAGGUAGAUUAGCUGGUGCUCGUAAUAUGAUUUUAAACGGUAUCGAUGCAUUGAUUGUUUGUGGUGGUGAUGGAUCAUUGACCGGAGCUGAUUUAUUUAGAUCUGAAUGGCCUUCAUUAGUAGAUGAAUUGGUCAGUAACGGUACUUUUACUACGAAAGAAGUAGAACCAUAUAGACAUUUGACAAUGGUUGGAUUAGUCGGCUCAAUCGAUAAUGAUAUGGCUUCAACUGACUCUACUAUUGGAGCAUAUUCAGCAUUAGAGAGAAUCACUGAAAUGGUUGAUUAUAUUGAUGCUACAGCCUCUUCUCAUUCCAGAGCUUUUAUCGUUGAAGUUAUGGGUAGACAUUGUGGGUGGUUAGGUUUGAUGGCAGGUCUUGCUACUGGAGCUGAUUUUAUUUUCAUUCCUGAAAGACCACCAAAGGCCGGACAAUGGGAAGACGAGUUGAAAGAUGUUUGUUUAAGACAUAGACAAAAGGGUAAGAGAAAUACGACUGUUAUUAUCGCAGAAGGGGCAAUUGAUGACGAUUUGAAUCCUAUUACUCCAGAUCAAGUUCAAAAAGUUCUUGUGUCGUUGGGUUUGGAUACUAGAAUUACCACUUUAGGCCACGUUCAAAGAGGAGGUACUGCAGUAGCAUAUGAUCGUUUAUUGGCAACAUUACAGGGUGUCGAUGCAGUCAAAGCUGUAUUAGAAUUAACUCCAGACGAUCCCUCACCUAUGAUUGGUAGUUUAGAAAACAAAAUCGUUAGAAAGCCUUUGAUCGAAGCAGUUAAGUUAACAAAGUCUGUUGCUACCGCUAUUGAGAAUAAGGAUUUCGAUAAAGCAAUGAGUUUGAGAGACUCCAGUUUCGAAGACGCAUAUCAUCACUUUUUAUCGUCAUCAAUUUAUGACGACGGACUGAAAAUAUUACCUGAGGCAGAAAGAUUGAACAUUGGUGUUGUUCAUGUUGGUGCUUCCUCCUCUGGUUUAAAUGCGGCAACAAGAGCGGCUGCAUUAUACUGUAUGUCGAAAGGUCAUAAAUUAUUUGCUAUUCAAAAUGGGUUUAAUGGUUUAAUCAAUGAAGGUGAAAUAAAAGAAUUAAGCUGGUUAGAUGUCGAAGGGUGGCAUAAUAAGGGUGGUUCGGAAAUUGGUACUAAUAGAUCCUUACCAAGUGAGGAUUUUGGUAACGUUGCAUAUUAUUUCCAAAAGUAUAACUUACAAGGUUUAAUCAUAAUCGGUGGCUUUGAAAGUUUUACAGCCUUACACGAAUUGGAUGAAAACAAACACCAAUAUCCUAUUUUCAAUAUUCCAAUGGUUGUCAUCCCUGCUACCGUGUCUAAUAAUGUACCAGGUACAGAAUAUUCGUUAGGUGGUGACACCUGUAUGAAUCAGUUGGUUAAAUAUUGUGAUGCUGUGAAGCAAUCAGCGUCUUCAUCAAGAAGAAGAGUUUUUGUGGUAGAGGUUCAAGGUGGCCAUUCGGGUUUCGUAGCUUCAUAUUGUGGUUUGAUCACUGGAUCACUUGCUACAUAUACUCCAGAAUCAAAGAUGGACUUGAAGACCAUACAAGAAGAUAUAGAUCUUUUGUACGAAGUUUUCCAAGACGACAGAGGUGAAUAUAACAACGGGAAAAUGAUUAUCAGAAACGAACAAGCUUCUUCCGUGUAUACCACCGAGCUCAUAGCUGAUAUUAUCAAGGAAUCUGCUGGUGGAAGGUUUGAAACUAGAACUGCUGUUCCUGGUCACGUCCAACAAGGUUUCACUCCUACGUCUAUGGAUAGAGUCAAUGCAUGCAGAUUUGCCGUGAAGUCGUGUCAAUUCAUCGAAGACUGGAAUAAAAAGUUAGGAGGCUUGAUUCUGGACAUGAAUGCCUCUAAGGCGAAUAGACAAUCUCGUUCCGGCAUCAAGACCAGUAUUAAACACAUUCUCGAACAGGAAGAGGACGAAAACUCUGCGGUUGUGCUUGGAAUCCAAGGUGCCCAAAUUAAAUUCAACUCCGUCAAAGCUUUGUUUGCCAACGACGCAAAUAUCCCAUUGAGAAAGGGUAGAGUCGUCCAUUGGACUGAAAUGAUUGAAGUGGCCGACAUGUUAAGCGGAAGGCUUCUCUUAAGGGAAAAAAAGCACUGA